AUGGCUUCGAAUCUUCCUCUCCCUAUCCCCCCGCGUACCCCGACUCCGCCCGCGGACGAUGCGAGAGAUCAUCAUGCGCCGCAGGCCAACCCAGGAGUCGCAAUCGACCGCGAUGCCUUGUCGCCACUGCGAGAUACGUUUCCUCGGAGCAUUUCGCUAGAUCCUGGAAGCCAAGAUCGCUUGAGCCCGACCAAAUCCUCCUUCAAUUUGAGCCCCGGACCAGCCGACACUGUGAUACCGGAACAUAAUGACUCUGCUGCCGCGGGGCCGUUCAAUUUCAAUACAACUGUAAUGGCGAAGGGCCCGGUGGUCAAAUCGAACAUUGGACAACGCCGUGGCCACAAGUACAAGCACAGCAGUAUUUCCCAUCAGAUCUUCCUCGAACCUCCUCCGCGUGCUCCCUUAGCUCUGCCCAACUCUCUGCCCAUCCCAACAUUGAAGGAAUGUCGAGCUAGCAUGUCUAAGGAUCAGAAAACACGGUUUUGGUGGAGUGUGUGCCACAUGUUCGUGGCUGCAUAUACACUCUGGACCGCGCAUGGGUCGUUAGCCAUGACAGCAUUGUCCCACUUGAUACUCUUCGACUCACUUGGAGCGCUUCUUUGUGUGGCCGUAGAUGUUCUUGGGAACUUUGAAGUAUGGAAGAGAUCUAGUAUUCGCCACCCAUUUGGGUUGGAGCGGACCGAGGUGCUUGCUGGCUUUGCCAUGUGUGUCCUGCUUCUGUUCAUGGGCCUGGACUUGAUCUCCCAUAACCUGCAACACUUCCUGGAGAAGUCCGGUCAUGAGCCCCACCACGUCCAUGACCAUGACGGGGUUUCUCUGGGCAGCGUCGACGUCACGGCCGUCCUUGCCAUUUCCUCGACGCUCGUGUCUGCAAUUGGCCUCAAGAACCAUGCACGAAUUGGAAAGGCCAUGCGGUUUGCCUACAUUGAAUCUCUUCCGUCGCUUUUGAGCAACCCAUCUCAUUUCCUGACCCUUUCAUGCUCUGCCCUCCUGCUCUUGCUGCCGUUGGUGUCAAUUCGGAUUUAUGACUGGCUGGACAAGGUCCUCUCUGGUACCAUUGCCAUUUCCAUGUGCGUUCUUGGGGUGCGGUUGGUGAAAACUUUGGGCUCAAUGCUUCUCAUGUCCUACUCAGGCCCAGGCGUGACCGAAGUCAUCAAGGACAUCGAAGCAGACCCAGCUGUCUUUGGUGUUGAUGACGCGCGGUUCUGGCAGGUCCAUUAUGGGCUUUGCAUGGCGAACCUGAAAGUACGUGUUGGUGGAAGUGAGGACACGAUAUCUCGUCUGAGAGAAAAGAUAUCCAGCUUGAUUCGGAACCGACUUGGCGGGGGUUAUGGUACUGGUGGGCAGAGGUGGGAGGUCUCCCUCCAAUUUACGAUCGAACGGACCUAG